GCACAUUGAAGCAGCAGAGACCAACCAACCAAAGCGCGAUGGCGGAAGAACUGAGCAAGACGGAGCGUCGCCGCGCGGCCAAGGCCAAGAAGAAGGCAACGAUCAACAUGGAGAAACAGAAGAGACAGGACAAGCGCGAGGAGAUGAAGCAGCGUCGCCGCGACCAGAAGAUGCAGCCGAAGGGAGGGUUCAACGAGGACGGGUGUUGGCUUUGUGGCGCGUCGGACCAUCGCAAGCAGGACUGCACGGAGGGGAAUUCGAACAAGAGCUGUUUCCAUUGCCGGAAGAAGGGCCACGACAUCAAUUCGUGUCCGCAGCGCAAAGGCGAAGCCAACGACUUGUGCUUCAACUGCGGCGAAAGCGGUCAUAGUCUGUGGAAGUGCCCCAAGCCCAAAGUGGGCGACGGCACUUCGUUCGCACAAUGCUUUGUCUGUCAAGGCACGGGCCACUUGAGCUCCAAGUGUCCGCUGUCCGAGAAAGGCAUCUACCCCAAGGGCGGCAGUUGCAAGGUGUGCCAGAGUAAAAUGCAUUUGGCCAAGGACUGCCCCCACAAAGAUGGACCCCAGAACACGAAGAAGGUCUUUGCCGACGACGAUGUUGACGAUAGCAUGACCGGCACGGCCUCGCUCGAAUAUGGCGGGGAUGCCUUGGACGACAUAGAUAUCAUCGAAGACAAUGAUGACAAUGAAAUCAAAGCACCACCCAAGUCGACUCAGAGGAAGAAGGUGGUCAAGUUUUAACCAAUAGAAACCCUGUAUUAUCACAAUCCACGACAUUUUUAU